AUGCCUUUCAUUCAAGAUUCGCACCUUCCUCUUUCGUCGUUUGCUAAGACGCACCUCGAUAACCCGGAUCAUUUCGACCCCUCCUUAUCGCUCCAUACAAUUAUGAACGGCCAUUUAACCAGCCAAGAGGCGUAUAGACAAGCUUCUGUCGGCACUCUUUCAGUAUCUCAAGCUUUGGAAAUUGCUCGAGACAGUGAGGAAGAAAUCAGAGAUCCAAUCGUCAUCGGUGUCUUGGAAGUUGCAAUCAACCAUAUCUGGAGAAAGCUACAAGAAGAACCUACCACAUAUGUGAUGACCCGCGAAGAAUUCGGUGUCUUCAAUUACUUUCAAAAUCGAUUCCAAGGCGUUGAGCUCGCCACAGCAGCGCGAAAGAGAUAUUGGGAUUCCCAGCACAGUUGA